AUGGCGUCGCAAGAGGCAAUCACCGACCCGGACGCGAUCGAGGAGGAGAUUGCGCAGCUCGAGGCGCAGCUGCAGGCUGCGCGGCGCCGUCUGCACGCCAAGCGACAAUCGCCAGACGGCAGUACCACCCAGCUGCUGCCCGUCAUCAGGAUCCCUCCUCCCGUCUCUUCCGGCGGCACCUUUUCCACGCACUUUCUGCUGCUCCUCGCCGACUCGGCGCUGCCCGUCGGUUCGUUUGCCUUUUCCUCUGGUCUCGAGUCCUUUCUCGCGCACUCGCCGCAACGUCACGCGCCGUUUUCCUCGUUCCUGCCGCUCUCGCUGUCCUCGUUCUCGUCGACGACGCUGCCGUUUGUGCUCGCCGCGCAUCGGACGCCCGCCGCCAUCGCCAGCCUCGACGACCAGCUCGACGCCGCCAUUGUGUGCACCGUCGGCCGCCGCGCCAGCACCGCCCAGGGCCGGGCGCUGCUCUCCAUCUGGGAGCGCUCCUUUCGGCCCACCAUGCCGGCUUCCGCCGCCGCCGCCGCCGCCGAUGCGCACCUGUUCAAAGAGUUCUCCGCGCUCCUCCGGCAGAGCAGCGGUAUGGAGGUGCCGCUCGUCUCGGGCCACUUUGCGCCGCUGUUUGGCGCCGUGUGCGCCGUCGUCGGCCUCAGCCUCCGCCAGACCGCGUACGUCUUUAUGCUGAGCCACGUCAAGGCCCUCGUGUCGGCCGCGGUGCGCGCGAGCAUGUUUGGCCCGUACCAGGCGCAAAAAGUGCUCGCCGGCGAGGGCGUCCAGGACAUGAUCAACAGGGUCAUUGAGAGGGAGUGGGAGACGCCCGUGGACGAGGCCGGGCAGAGCGUGCCGGUCAUGGACUUGUGGAUUGGGCGGCACGAGUGCUUGUAUUCACGCAUAUUUAACAGCUGA